AUGUCCAUGACCGACGCCAAACAUCUAGCAGCAUUCGGGGCUACUGAGGAAAGUGUCAUAGUAUACAACAAAUGCUGUUGCUGUCUAUCACUCCGCAGAGGCUCUCAGGCUAUUGCUGCUGUUAGUCUGUGCCUUGGUGUAGUUGGGACAAUCUACAGCAUCUAUGUCGGUGUCGCAGGAACGAAGGCAGGGUACUACAACAUCGCCCCGCAGGCAACGACGGCUCUCAUUGCGGUCGUCCUCCUCCACGCCGUGAAGAAGGAACGCCAGUGGCUGGUCCUCGCGUGGGCGUACACCACCUUGGGCGUGUUAGCUGUGGGCGUGGUGCUGGGCGUGGUCAUCAUAUUUCUGAAGGCGUCGCUCCUGUUAGCUGUUAUUCUGCUUAUGACGUCAGUGCUACAGCUGUAUUUCGUUAUUGUAGUGCGGUCGUAUGGUCUGUCCAUAACGACAAAUGCGGGGCCACUUGAUGUCCGUUCUGUAGAAGCUUAGGUAUAUGGGAAAAGUAAAGUGGGUGUCCGAGAGUUUGUAUGUGCAGAUUAAAAGAUGAAUGGAAAAACACUCUUCCGUGCUGAUACUAUGGAAGAAAAACCCACAAUACAAAAACUAGAUUUAUUGAAAAUGAGACUACAUUUUCGAAAUCCACCUGGAUUCCAUCCUCAGGUCUGAAGAAGUAGGGGAGAGAAAGGGGCUAUCAGCAGGAGAAAAUCCGCUGUUCAAGUUGAAAUUAGGCAGCAGCUUUACUAGGAAAGAUUCCAACAGUCUGCGGGCAUAGACAUCAUCGGAAGGAAAGACAAUCCGCGCCGCUAACCGGUCCGUCUGAAGGCCUGUGUCCUGAUGGCAAAAGAGGGCGUUGUUGUUGUGUCCCCUGGAUACAGCGUACUUAUGUUGAGACAGACGCUUGGUGAGACUGGCGCCUGUUUCGCCAAAGUACUGCUUAUCACAGGAGGCACAAGUAACAGCAUAGGUGAACACCUUCAAGGUAGAGGGAGGGCUGGUAUAGACCAGGUUGCGACGGAGAGUGUUCACCUGGAGAAAGAUCAGUUGAGAGGAUGAAGAGGGCGACGGAGAGAGUAGAUCUCAGUGUAGGGCAGGCUGAGGACGGGCAGGUGAGGAGUCUCUUUAGGAGGAGAGUCGUGAUAGAAGGUACGCCGUGCCCUUUAUAACACAAUGUCGAAAACAUUACCAGGAUAGCCCAGUUUGGAGAACGAGCGACGCAGGGAAUCUAUCCCUCCAUCCAGGCACUGGGAGUCACAGAUGCGGAGAGCGCGGAGGAACAGCGAGGUGGCAACACCUCUCUUAACAUGGAGAGGAUGGUAUGAGAAGAAGUGUAUGUACAUACCACUAUGCAUAGGUUUCCUGUAUAUGGAGAAGUGGUCAGCAGAGCUAUGGACUAGGGUGUCCAAGAAAGGGAGCUUGUUGUCAACCUCCCAUUCCACCUUGAAACGGGUGGAAGGGGAGAGAGAGUUUAGCUGCGUCAGGAAAUCUAAGAAAGGGCAGGGUCAUGAGGCCAGAGGGCAAAGACGUCGUCGACAUACCUCAGCCAAACCGACGGACGAAGAUGUAUGAUUGAUAGAUGUGUGAAUUAAAUAAUAGGAAUAAAC